AUGCGUGCUCAGAGCGAUGAGGUUUCUAAGUAUGAUCGUGGUGGGGAUCUUGGGGUGUUGAGGGAAUCGUGUCUUGAAGAGACUGGGUUGCCGGCGCCUACGCCGCAGUGGGAGGUGGAGUUGUAUGGACCGCAUGCUGGGUUGGAUUAUGUGAGGAGGUGGUAUGCUGAUAUGGAGCAGGAGAAGGGGUGA